UUGGGUUUCGCACGGAAGGAUUUUCAGGUCGGACUCGGUUGUUGCUUGCAUCUUUCAGGACAGAAACUGCACUGCAGGUGGAGGGAUGAGUCUCUCCCCUGUGAUUGGCACAGAAGUGCCAGAAACAGCUAACGGGCUUGUGACACCCGUCUCCUCGGAAAACGGCCCUCACGUUCCAGUCUCAGUUAAAUGUGGGGGGAGCAGAGUGCCCUGUCCUGGGGAGGCAUCAGAGGACGAGUCCCUCGGACACACAGAGAACCAUGUAGGCGGGGAAAACAGAGUUUACGAUGGCGAAGGCUGCUUGGACACAGACAUGGACAAUAAUGAGAGAACAACUAGUUUAUCAUCACACACCCCUUGUGUGACAGACCCCUCCCUCCCUGCAGCUACAUGCACAGCAGACUCUGAAUCAGGCUCCAAAGACACAGACUUUCCUGAGGCCUCUAACACUGUCGAGCCUCCUGGUGCAGCUCUGCUGUGGGACUCACCACACCAAGCACACGCCAAAGACCUAUCUCAGCAAGGGGGCCCUGCCGCCGCAUACAGGCAGCUGACAGAAGCGGAGAUUCAGGAUGGAGGCACUGAAAGCCGAGAUGAUGAGGAAGAUGGAGAGAAGGAGAAACAAGAUGAGGAGGAGGAUGAGAAGAAUGAAAAAAAGUGGAGGCAUCAGCAUGCAGAAGGGAGAAAAGAGGUGGAGUCUUUACGACACUACUCCUCCUCAGCGCCAGGUCCCAGCACCUCCUCUUCCUCUCCUCUACCUCCUCUUCUUCCCUCAGAUGACGCCCCCUGCCCUCCCCAUGUCAUGGCCCAGGUUUGGGUCCGCAACGUCCGAGGGAUGCAGGACAGCAAAAGCCUGGAUGAAAUCAGCCAAGCAUGUGGAGGUGGUUCGGGGGCCCGGGGAGGGGGCAGAGGAGGCCAAUCAGAGGGUCGACGGGCCACAAUCUCCUCCGCUCUGGAGCUAGAGGGGACGGUCAGCCACGAGGGAGACCUGACUAACUUCAUCACCAAGAACCUGGAGCAGAAGAUCAAGAUGAGCUCUAAGCCCAGUCUGGACUGCAGUGACUCGGACUGUUCAGGUCCCAUCUACGGUGGCCGGGGGUUGUCACGGAGACCAGCGGAUAUCCCACCCAUUGAUCCUGCCGUCCUAUUGGACCUUCAGAGACACACCCAGGAAGUGGCGCACAGUGUGGAGAUGAUGAUGCGGAGCCUCAAUGGGACCAUCCAGAAUAUGACAGCUCUGAGUGUGGGCUACAUCCAGACCUACAGAGACUCAGUUGACAGUCUGGGAGAGUCUGUGGACAUGAGUAUAAAGGGCAUGUACACACUCAUGGCUCGUUGCGAGGAGUUGGAUCGUUCCAUGCAGCCCAUACACACCCUGGCUGCACAAAUCCGUGACAUCAAACGAACCCUGGAUGCUCUGGAGGCGAUCUGCAAGUAACCCCGGCUUUGCGGUACGAACACACAUCCCAGCUGCAAAGAUCCGACAUCAAGCACAUCCCACGAGGCUGUCUGCAAGUAAACCCCACCCUUCUGCAGGUAGCGCACACACACUGCAGCGAAGAUUAAGUGCACCUCCGGAUUCCUGGAAACAUUGCGACUAGGCAUGCUGGGUGAUUGGCGCUCAUAGUCCCUCUGCUUGUUCAUCAUCUGAAGAUGACCGUGUUUGUGUAGUGAGAUCUCAGAUUAAUUGCGCUUGAUUCGCUCUCGGGGCUGAGCUUGUUUUUUUUUUUUUUUUUUAAAGCAAUCUCACUUCCUCUAAUGAAGUUGUCGUGUAAUAAAAUCUCACAGAUUAACUCUUUUUGGAGACACUUGGUCAAGUGCCCCGAACACACAGACACACACAGAUCUCCGACGGUGUCAAUAGACGCCCUCUUCUUCUACUUUGCAGACAAAGGAGGAAAUGUGUGGUGUUAUCCGUCCAGCCCGCUUGGUUCAGAUUGCACUAAUCUCUCCUCACCACAUGUGGGCGAUGUUUCUCUCUCUGUCUCUCUCUUCGCUUAUGGAGCUGUCUGUAUGAACUGCUCAGAAGAUGGUGACUUUUGGACAGGAACAGAAAGUCUAUUUUUUAAUCUUAUGCAACAAAGAUCAGAUUCUUUCACUGCAGGCUAAACGAGGGGACGGGAGAAUCGUGUGUCAGUCUGUCUGUCUUUUUUUGUGUUUAUUUAUUUCAUUUUUGCAGCAUGCAUACAUUCUGCGUCACUGGGAACUGACCUGUACAACCAGAUUUUUGGUCACCGAAUAGUUUAAGCACAAUGUUUACAAGUUUAAACAUGUUGCUCAAAUGCUGCUUGAAGGUACUUGUUGAAGGAAAUUGGAGUGUUUCACUUUUUCUACUCUUUCAGACUGUCCAUCAAUUUAAAAUUUCAAACUUUCA